GGCAGUUCUUGAUCCAGCAUAACAGCUUACAGGUGUGUCUCUUCCAGCCAGCAUCUGUCUUACUGUUCACUUCAGACCGGAUCUUCUAAAACCAUGCUCUGCUUCAGACUCAGCACCACACUGUUGCUGGCAGCAACAUGUUCGCUCAUGACAGCAGUCUCCACAGAGAAAGCUAUCACCUGUGGCAGUGACGGGAAUGUCCAGCGCCUGAGCUGCGAUGACGGAGUGAUCAGUGUGCAGACAGCACUGUAUGGACGUGCAGACGCUGUGACCUGCAGUGAGGGAAGACCUCCGGCACAGCUCUCCAAUACACACUGCUCUCAAGCUGGCACAGUGGACGUCGUCAAGAAAAGGUGUGAUGGCAAGAGGGAGUGUGAACUAAACAUCAACGUAUUUUAUACCUCUGAUCCCUGCUAUGGCACCUACAAAUACCUGGAAACCACCUACACCUGCAUCCCAGCAAUUCACCUUGAUGCCUGUGAGGGCUCUUUGGCGCAACUCCAGUGUGAUCAAGGACAGGUUAUAUUUGUGUAUGGUGCCGACUAUGGACGUCGUGACCAGACCACCUGCAUUUACCAACGGCCUCCCAAUCAAGUUCAAAUUAUCUACUGCUCAAGACCCACACGCAAAGUUGCUGACAGCUGUAAUGGGAAAAACAGCUGUACCAUCGCAGCGAGCAACUCUGUGUUUGGAGACCCCUGUGUCGGCACCUACAAGUAUCUGGAGGUGGCUUACAUAUGUUAUUCUAUAAGGCAAAGGCAGUUCUUGAUCCAGCAGAACUGUUCACUUCUGACCGGAUCUUUUAAAACCAUGCUCCGCUUAAGACUCAGCACCACACUGCUCCUCGCAGCAACCUGUUCGCUCAUGACAGCAGGUAAAUUAUCUGAAGUCUCCCUAGAAAGAGCUAUCACCUGUGGCUGUGAAGGGAAUGUCCAGCGCCUGAGCUGCGAUGCCGGAGUGAUCACUGUGCUGACAGCGCUGUAUGGACGUGCAGACGCUGUGACCUGCAGUGAGGGAAUACCUCCAUCACUGCUCGCCAAUACACAGUGCUCUCAAGUGGGCACAGUGGACGUCGUCAAGAAAGGGUGUGAUGGCAAGAAUGAGUGUAAACUAAACAUAAAUGUUUUUUUUACCUCUGAUCCCUGUUAUGGCAUCUUCAAAUACCUGGACACCACCUACACCUGCUUCCCAACAUUUCACCUUGUUGCCUGUGAGGGCUCUUUGGCACAACUCCAGUGUGAUCAAGGACAGGUUAUAUUUGUGUACAAUGCCAACUAUGGACGUCUUGACCAGACCACCUGCAUUUACCAACGGCCUCCCGAAGAACUUCAAAAUAUCCAAUGCUUAAGCCCAGCGCCUGAAGUUGCUGACAGCUGUAAUGGGGAAAACAGCUGUACCAUCGCAGCGAGCAACUUCGUGUUUGGAGACCCCUGUUAUGGCACUUACAAGUACCUGGAGGUGGUUUACAUAUGUGAAUAUCCUGGGACCACUCCGCUUCCAUAGAGUUUACCUAUGUAA